AUGUGCGCCGAAUCGGAGACCCACCAGCCAUCAGAGCUCACCAUGGACACGGCUGACUUCCAUGAUGAUUGUGCUCUGAUAGAUACCGAGUCUCUAGAACUUUGGAUGGCUUCCUCCGAGGUUGACCAGAAGGCCUUGGGCAGCUUUGCUGCCAUCACAAGCCUGGAUAAUCCAUUCUUAUCGGCUAUGUUAUACCGAGUCUUGGGCUUAUCGGUCAUGCUGUCAAAGAAGCUUCUUCGUGCACGAAGACUGCGACGAUUGGAUCCCACCCGCGAAACAAAGUCUCUGCAAUUAUAUCACCACAUUAUAUGGCUCUCCCGCGAGGGUCUUUUGAUCCUGGAGGAAUUUGUGCUUCCCAUGGUCGAGGCAUAUGUGGAGUUGAAAAUUCUUGCAUACAAGCUCCGGGCAUCUUUCUACCACAUAUUCGUCCUAUUCCACAACCAACCCACAAUCCACUCUCCUGGUCUCCCUAGUCUUUGGAGCAACUCUACCGGACCAAGCAGUGCAGUCAGAGCAGAAACACCGUCCACAGAUCAAGGCUCAAGGUUCUCGUUCAGCUCGAAACCUGAAGUGAUUCCGGUUCCCGAGGAUGUUAGCGUACAUGGCAAGGGGGUGACGCGGCGAAAAGUGACGCAAGCCCCUCCUGGCCUUGCACCGGUUCAACCGCCGAAGGCCACCUCCUCCUUCCUCCUCCCUGUCCUCGAUUACACACCCACAGCUACGGCAUGCUUCAACCACGCCGCCCUUUUGGCAGAGCAGUUCCUCCCCGGAUCACAUCCCUUGCGGCUGUCAAUCAAGCUCGAAUAUGCUGCAUACCUAUAUGACUGUCUCCACGACCUCCACGCCAGCCGAAGCUUGGCAAAGCAAGCUAUUGCGGAUGUCUACAACGCGCAGGAGGGCAUGGACGAUGAGAGCUUUGAGGAUGCAGCCGAGAUAGUCCGGAUACUCGGCAAGAUGGUCAAGCGGGCGGGCAAAGGCAGCAGCAGUACGGGGCCGAGCAGCUCAUCUGCAGGAACGGUAAGAGGCGAUAUUUCUCAAAGCGAGCGCAGCCGGACCCCGAAAGUUAGAAAAUCCGUCUCACAAGCGACAACAAUGACUUCCGUCUCACCAGCUCCGGUGACCCAGUCUCCGAGUAAGGCCGAAAUGCCUCCAGCGAUACCGAAUCCAACCAUGUUGAAUCCGAUAUGA